AUGUGGAGCUGCCAGUCAGCAGCUGAGCAGGAUAUCGGGGACAGUCUCUUGCCUCGUACACCGACAGUCCAGAGUGCUGGAUACCUCGGUGUAUCGUGUGCGCGGUGUGUGCGGUGCGACGGUGAUGACAUCGAGAAUUUCGAUGGUUGCACGCCGCUUCGGGAGGGACUGUGGGGCCUGAGAAACCCGAGUCGUGGCCCGACUCGAGAUCUACUUGGCAGGCCAAAGACCAAGAGAUCCAAGUUCCAAGACUUCCAAGACUUCCAAGCGUCCAAGACGGCCAAGCUGGCCAAGCAACAGAUCAAGCUUCGGGCCCAAGAGCUCCCAAGACAAUCCGUCUCACUCAGCACAUGGAUCCAAAAGCUUGACUGUGACCGCAGCGGCCUGGAACGGCAACAGCUGCUGCUGCCCUCGCAAUCGUGCCAUCGUCUGCGGAUCUCCACGCACCAUUCUGGAUGA